CUCCGUUGCUCGCCCGCUUCCGCCGCGUCCCUUCCCCGGCAGUCGCCGCCAUGGAGGAGGCGCUGAAGCGGGCGCUCGGCACGACGGUGCUGCGGCCGACCGGGAACGUGGGGGGCGGCUGCAUCAGCCAGGGCGAGAGCUACGACACGGACCACGGCCGGGUGUUCGUGAAGACCAACUCUCAGUUAGAGGCCAGAAGAAUGUUUGAGGGAGAAAUGGCAAGCCUGGAAGCCAUCCUGAAAACACAGACAAUAAAAGUGCCUAAACCCAUGAAAGUUGUAGACCUGCCUGGGGGCAGUACUGCAUUUGUGAUGGAGCAUUUGGAAAUGCGGGGCUUGAACAGGUAAAGCAGUGUUGUCUUUGCCUCUUUUAACCAGAAAUUUUGGCUUAAAUUUAUGCUUUUCACUAUGGUCGAGCCGACGGGGGCUCCCGGGACGAGUGAAGAGAUGAGAAUCUUGACUCCAUGUUUCAGAAGGCUGAUUCAUUAUAUUAAACUUGGAGAGAAGCUGAAGAAAGAAGGGAGCAUAGUUGGUAAAGGUCAAGGGCAAUCAGAAGUCCAGUUUGUGGAUCAGUUUGGCUUUCAUACAGUUACCUGCUGUGGUUAUCUUCCACAGGUGAACGACUGGCAGAGUGACUGGGUGACCUUCUUUGCUAGACAAAGGAUCCAGCCCCAGAUGGACAUGGUUGAAAAGAAAUCAGGUGACAAAGAAGCAAGAGAACUUUGGGCACAGCUUCAGCUGAAGAUACCCAGUCUGUUCUGUGAUCUGGAAAUCGUUCCUGCUCUCCUGCACGGGGAUCUCUGGGGAGGAAAUGUAGCUGAGGAUGAUUCUGGUCCCAUUAUCUUCGAUCCGGCUUCUUUCUACGGCCACUCAGAGUACGAGCUUGCCAUAGCUGGGAUGUUUGGUGGCUUCAGCAGUUCCUUUUAUUCUGCUUACCACAGUAAAAUCCCCAGAGCUGCAGGGUUUGAGACACGCCUGAAGCUUUACCAGCUGUUCCACUACCUGAACCACUGGAACCAUUUUGGUUCAGGGUACAGAGGGUCUUCUUUAAACAUUAUGAGAAACCUUGUAAAGUUACUUGCUGCUUAAGCCAAUUACUUCCUUGUGUUGUUUGGAGAGCCCCAUACUUGGUGGUGCAGCUGCAGGAGUAGUAAUGCUAAAAACAACCUGUGUGACCCUUGAUCUUGUUAAAGACCUAGAACCAGUGUCUCCUGCUGAAUGCCAAGUGUAAAAUAGCCAUCCCUUCUUAGGAUAGUUGGGGAUAACUCCACGGGGGAGAAAAUUUAGGAAGGAGUUUACUCAUUUGCACAGUGAAUAAAGGUCUCAGUGUCUAGAAAGCACAUGAGACUGUGUAGGGUGAUACAAUUUUAGAUGCCUAAAAGAAGUUGCUUGCUGCAUUUUGCUGUGUCUUCCUCCCUCUCUCAGCUCUUCAUGUCCAGUUGUGUGCAUGAGAGCAACGUUAACAACAGAGCUGGAAAGUACAGGAGAAUUAUGUAACAGGAACCGUGAGAAGGGAUUUGGACUUGUGUUAAUUUUCACAGAGUCAGAGUGGGUGAGGUUGGAGGGGAAUCACAGAAUGCCAUCUAGUCCAGCCUCCCUGCUAAGCAGAUUACUGAGGUUUGGGUUCAGAGGCUUUUAAAGACCUCCAGGGUUUUGCUGGUUGAUUCCAUUGGAUGCAGCCUGUGGGUGCCUCCUGGAGUGCUUGUAGGCUGUUCUGUGCUUUCUGGUCAGUGGGCUUUUAUCCAUGGCAGUUCUGCUUCCACCAGAACUAGCUGGCUUCCUUUUUCAGAUUAUGCUUUUGUCCAGUAGUGUGCAUUCUUAAAGAACUUUCCAGGUAAGACGCUUUCCAUGUGCACACCUUGUGGAGCUCUCUUCUCUAAUGAAAUAAAACCUGCACAUGCUUCACAUGUGUGACUAAAGUGAGUCAAAAUCCACCUAAUCAUGAAACAGCGUCAGCUGGCACUUUGUGUUUACCACACAUGUAGAGAAAACAUUAAAAAUAUAACUUAAAAGGGGAAGGAGGGUCAGGAGAGACUCCUGGGAUGGCUCACAGGCUGUAGCCCUCUCCUUUUCUACAUGAAUGCCUAUCAGCUAAUUUUAUAAGGGGAUACUACUGCUUGUGCUAGGGGAUACCAGUGUGUUUAUCCACAAUAGUUUAUCAACCUUAUUCUGGCACAAGGAUCAGUAAACCACAGUGUUUAUGUCACUGGGACCACAGAUGUGCCCAUUGUCAAGGCUGCACUGUUUGCACAUCUGUGCUCAUGGGAGUUCCAGUGCAGACUUAAGAGUGCUGCACUGUUCACUCUAAAAUGUUUUGUGUAAAGGUCUCCCAGGGCCUCAGACAUGCCAGGAAGGGGGAGGUGUAGACACCUCUGGGCUCAGGACUUCUCUGGAUAACCUGGAAAGCAAGGAGGUCUUUCCUAAACUCUCACCUGGCAGUCCCCACUAAGUGCAUGCUGUGGCUGUUGUGGUAAGAGACAUGAGGAAGGAGGGUGACGUGUAACUCACAGAGCAGCACUUCACCCUGUCAGAAGUCCUGGAUGACAGUUCCACACACCGUGGCUUUAAUAUGAAUUUUUGUCCUCUCUUGAUGUAGGCUGGUAGUGGUGCUUCUGUGCAAGCCUGCCAGGUAGGUGAGAGAGAUGCAUGAUAUCUAACAUGCCCUUUGUUGGGGAAUGGUUUUAUUAACUAAAACUGCUUUGCGCUGGAUGCUGGCAGAUUGCUGAGGGUUUUCUAGUUGCUAGUUUGGCAAUUACUUAUGGGAAACAUAUUUGGAGAAGACUGGUAUUUGGUACUACUUCCCUUAAUUUUACUACUUUUCUCACUGGCUGAUGGACUUUUGCUGCAAAAAAUCUGCUUGGUAGCCUUGUGACCUGAAUAAAAGGUUUCCCAGCUGA